AUGACGGCGAGAGUAUUGAUGGAUUUUGAAAAGAGUAUUGUGAAGAAUUAUGAUUCAGGAUACUCACCUGCUGCCGGCGACGGCAGAGGAGGCGGUCUUCACGCAUCCAGCAGCCCCUCCGCCUCCGCCUCCGCCGCCGUUGCAUCACCACAGUCACCGCCAGCGAUGGUCGAGGCCGCCGGGGAAGAAGUGCAGAAGGACGCGCUGACCAGUCCAUCCGCGUCCCAUCCCGCCUAUAUAAGCCGGCAGCUGCUCCACCAGGGCAGGCAGACGCCAGAGCAGCAGACCAGCGUCGACAUGAAGCUCCUGGUGGUACUGAGCGCUGUGGUGGCGACCGCACUGGCUCAUCCUGGAUACCUGGGAGCAGCGGGCAUUGCUGGUCUUCUGGGCAAUGGCAUCGGCGCCUCAGCACCAGGUCUUGGGGCAGCGGGUAUUAUUGGAGCUGGCAGAGCUACCUAUCUGGGAGCUGGUACAAACUAUCUGGGAGCAGGCGGUGCCCCUGUAGGAGGUCCAGCCAACAUCGUCGUCGGUCCUGACGGAGUGCCUGCAGACACACCUGAGGUGGCUGCUGCCAAGGCCGGCCACGCGAAGGCCGUCGCUGAGACACAGGCGCGUGACGCCGCUCAGGCCGCCGCCGAUGCUGCAGCGGGCGUCUACGGUGGAGUCGGCGCUGGUGUCGGUGCUGGACUUGGUGCUGGGUACGGCGCCGGGGCCGGACUUGGUGCCGGAUACGGGGCUGGACUUGGUGCUGGAUAUGGCGCUGGUGCUGGACUUGGUGCUGGACUUGGUGCUGGUUAUGCAGCCGGUGUGAGAGCAGGAUUGGGCGCUGGAGCUGGCGCUCCAGGCGCAGGUCUGGCCCUUUACGGCCCAGCCAACAUCGUGAUCGGCCCCGACGGCGUGCCACAGGACACCCCCGAAGUGGCGAACGCCAAGGCAGCCCACGCUAGCGUCGUGGCUCAGACGCAGGCCCGCGACGCCGCCCAAGCCGCCGCCGACGCCGCUGCUGGAGGUGCGGCAGGAGCUUACGCCGCUGGAGGUGUGGCAGGAGCUUACGCUGGCAUCGGCUACGGGGGGUUGGGCCUGGGAGCGGCUGCGGCUCCGUCUCAGGGGCUGGCGCGCUACGGCCCGGCCAACAUCCAGAUCGGGCCCGGCGGAGUGCCCCUGGACACCCCUGAGGUGGCUGCGGGUAAGGUUGCCGACGCCGUCGCCCACCUGCACGCCAAGGCCCGCCUGGGUCUCAUCGCUGGAUGAAGUCUUCGCGAAAUUCCGGUCUUACUCUGACGACACGACUGACUACUUCCUGCCCACUGCUCAAGACAACUGGACAAGCUACUCUUGUUGUAUAUAAUAAUUUAUUAAGUUUCAAAAAAAUGAUGUAGAUGUCUUAUUGCAAUAAACAGAGAAUACUCUGGGAAA